AUGCGCAGCUUCGACGCUCUCUUGCUCGCUGCCCUUGCGGCCUCGCCCGCUCUGGCUCGCCAGAUUCCCGCCAAUGUCCAGAGUCUGUACAACUCGAUCCGUGCUCAGGGCACGUGCAAGAACAUCCUCAAGGGUGGCUUCUACAGCCAGGAGGGCGACUCCAAGAACUUCUCCUACUGCGGUGACCACUUGAGCGACUACCGCAUCAUGUACCUCCAGGGCACUGGUGGCAACUUGGUCAACAUGGACAUUGACUGCGACGGUGCUCUCGGCACUGGUGACGGCAGCUGCGACAGCUCUGAGGAUACUCAGGGCCAGACCUCAUUCCAGGGAACCGUCGCCGGCUACAAGAAGGGUAUCAAAGACCUCAACGCCUACAUUCACUCUUUCGUCGUUCUCGGUAACGAGGGCAGCAAGAGCGGCUACGUCACCUUUGACCCCCGGUCUGUUAACGUCCAGCCUCUGUCCAUUGUUGCUGUUGUUUGCGGCAACCAGAUGUUCUACGGCGUCUGGGGUGACACCAACGGUGAUGACGGCCCUCCUCUGGUCGGUGAGGUCUCUGACUCUCUCGGCCGCGCCUGUUACGGCAACGCUGUCAACGGCAACGCUGCCCACGACCCCAACGACGUUCUGUACAUUGCCUUCACCGGAAAUGAUGCCGUUCCCGGUGCCAACGGUGCCAACUGGGCUGCCAGCUCCUUCAGUGCCUUCGAGUCCUCUCUGGGCUCUCUCGGUGACCAGCUCGUUGCCCGUAUUGGCAGCACUGGUGGCUCUACUCCUCCCCCUCCCGCCUCCUCCACCAAGCCUUCCGGCUCUCAGCCUACCUGCUCCUGGUCUGGCCACUGUGCCGGAGCCUCUUGCGGCAGCGAUGAUGAUUGCUCUGAUGACUUGACUUGCAACAGCGGCAAGUGUGGCACCAGUGGGUCUACUUCUCCUCCUCCUCCUCCUCCCCCUUCCUGUUCGUGGGCCGGCCACUGCGCUGGUGCCUCUUGCAGUAGCGAUGAUGAUUGUUCUGAUGAGUUGGCUUGCAUUAAAAAGGUGUGCGCCGUUGACCCGAACAAUUAA